AUGACAGCACUAGCGGGGGGCAUACCGAGGAUGAUGCGCCCGAACCCACACCAAAACUACCCGCGGGGAGGCUACUCACUGGAAGGUAAGCUAUGUUUCUUGCGUAUUGGAAGAUUUUGUUUGUUUGUCAUUGAUUUAAUCAGAAAUCAAGUGUUGAUAUUGUGUCAACUUUGAACAGCUGCAAAAUUGUUGUUCGUAUAUAAAUAAUUGUCUUAGUGUUGCCUUUUAACAGACAAUUAGGCCUACACAUGACCUAGCAUUUUGACAGUGAAUCAAAGUUGCUAUAUUCCCUAAAAUUGUAGGCAGCUUAUUGGAAACUAAAUAGCCUACACUAGCCUACUAGGCUAUAAACAGUUUGUAGCAAUCCCUGGUUCAGUUGAAUUGACGUAGUAGCAGCUAAUAUCAAAACAACAACAAUGCUCGUGUUAUACAUUUGAUAUUGAUUUACAUUGUGCACCAUCAAUUAGGUCUAACCCAUGUAAUAACAAUAACAAUUAAACAUUUUGCUAUAGACCGAGUUCAAAUGGUAUGUUAUCAAUAUAUUUUCUUGCAACAGGUCUCUCUUGAAAAAUAUAGCCCCUCUCACUGAGAUAGGAUAAAUAAAGGUUAAAUAAAUAAAUAUAGGCCUGAUUGUUUGGGCUUUUUUUUGCUGCUGUGGUUUACUUUUUUUGUUGAAGUUAUUGUUAUUGAAUGAAAUGCGUUCCCUCUGUCCAGUCUCUACCCCGUUAGGCCAGGGCCGGGUGAACCAGCUCGGUGGGAUGUUUAUCAACGGCAGACCCCUGCCCAACCACAUCCGCCACAAGAUCGUGGAGAUGGCACACCACGGCAUCCGACCCUGUGUCAUCUCCCGCCAGCUCCGAGUCUCCCAUGGCUGCGUGUCGAAAAUCUUGUGCCGGUACCAGGAGACAGGCUCCAUCAGGCCUGGGGCCAUCGGAGGCAGCAAACCCAAGGUGAGGACCCUAGAACCGGACUAUAUAGCAGCAAUGUCUCGGUCAAGCCCAACUUUAUGGCCUGCACCUCAACAUGCCACUAACAAGAUACAUGUAAUUGGGGAUGACAGGCCGUUAAACUAAAAGGAUAUAUCAUAAUUUACAGUUUGGUAGGCUAUAAUUUAUUGUCAUAUGCUAUUCAUUAUUCCGAAUACAUAUUUCAUUUAUAAGGCCUUAUUUUAUGCGCACUUUUAGCACCAUAUUAACUCACACAAUUUGAGUUAAUACAGACAGUCAAAACAUGGAUUUUGAAAACGAUCAAGUAAACGAUAAAACUCAACAAACCGUAUAGGCUAUUAGGCCUACAUAGCCCUUGUAGCCUAAUUUAGUUUGAAAAAAAGUAAAUACAUUUUGCAGUAGCAAUCAUAGGCCUACUGAUUUUUUUGUUGUUACAUCCUUCCCACUUGAAGCAGACAACAACCCCAGAUGUGGAUAAGAAGAUCGAGGAAUACAAGAGAGACAACCCGGGCAUGUUCAGCUGGGAAAUUAGGGAUAAAUUACUCAAAGACGGGAUCUGUGACAGAAACAACAUCCCCUCAGGUAUUUAAAAAUGUUCGAAUAAUUUAUAAAUAAUGUAUAACUUAAAGUUCUCCAACCAAAAAAUAUAUUGUAAGGAUCUUAUCCAGAGCGUCUGCAUAAUGACCAAAAUGUAAAUGUAGGCUACCUGAAAUCGUAUAAGCCUACAAUAAUAUUAUACGUUUGCAUAAGCCUAGUAAAACGUGCAGGAGAGGAGGAUAGCCUAUAAGUCUACAAAAGUCAUAAAUGCAUGAAAGAAUGACACCCCUAUUCCAACAGCCGUAAACAUUCUGAAAGUUUGAAAAAGUUUGCCAGAUAUAAACAGAAUAUUGUGAAACAUUAUUGCAAGAUGAAAACCAAUCAACAGGUGCUAUGGCAAUAUGCAUUGGAUGUUGGCACUUUCAUCAAUUCAAGCAUGAUUUUUUACCAACAAUUUAUCAUUUAUAUAUUUACUUUCAAAGUGAGUUCAAUCAGCCGUAUCAUGCGUUGUAAAUUCGGGGGAGUUGGAGGAGAAGACGAGGAGGACGAUGAUGAAAUAGAGAAGAGGGAAUUGGAAGAGAACGAAAGACGAGCGAAACACAGCAUCGAUGGCAUCCUCGGGGAUAGA